AUGCCUCCAUUCUUGCUGGAAUUCGUUCGUCGCACUUUCAACCCUGGCCAGCCAUCGAGUGGUUUCUCGGCUCAAUGGAAAAAUCCUGGCGAUGUUUUCUCUGUGCUCCUCAUUCUUGGCGGUGAUGUCGUCGCCCGCGCCCUUACACAGCUGGUGGGGUCGAGGAUAACCCCAGUUGCUUUCUCGCUUUUCGUGGGUGCUAUGGGGGAUAAUAAGCUCAUGCCCUCCCCUGACACUCCUUGCGAAGUCAUCAAUGCUAAAUCGGGAUACACGCGCACCAACACGUCUUGGAUAAUUGGUCGUGUGGUUAGAGAUUAUGACGACUGGAAAGAUGACGCCGUAUCAAAACAUCUUAAGACUAUGCUCGAUAAGAAAGACGAAUUCGACAGAAGGAUGAACCACACAAAGCCAGGAUUGGGCAAUACAUUCCCGUAUCCCAAGAAGGCUGGCCUUUGCGUCUCAGUAUGCCAGGCCGAGGAAGCCCAAGCUGGAGUUCCAGGAUACGAUUUUGUCUACUGGCUCGAAAUAGCCUGCCUUGCGCGUGUGGUCGGACCGAGUUGCAAAAGCUGGUCAUCGCUCAUGGUCUGA